AUGUCGAUAGCAACAGCAGAAACUUCACAUGAAGGACCCAACCAAUGCCCCAGCCUCGCUACGAAGCCCAUGGGCUGCCCCUAUGCUCGAGGGGAAAAUAUCCCCGGCCCAACUGCCUAUCCCCUCAUCGGCAGCAUCGCGUACCUCGACCUCAAGGCACCGUUUGAAUCCAUGCUUGCCAUCCAGAAACAGUACGGCCCAGUGUUCCAAAUGGUGUUUGCUGGAAAGCGUGAGAUCAGCGUUUGCACACGAGAGCUUGCGAACGAGGUGUGUGACGAGAGUCGAUGGCACAAGCUCGUCUCGAGCGGCGUAUCGACGCUGAGGCAGGUGGUGCAGGACGCCCUCUUCACGGCUCACCACGGCAGCCGGCAGUGGGGCAUCUCGCAUCGCAUCCUCAAGCCCAUAUUUGGUCCUCUCAGCGUCCGUAGCAUGUUCGACGAGAUGAGCGAUGUCGCCGAGCAGCUGUGCCUCAAAUGGGCCCGUCACGGUCCGGACCAGGCCAUAGAUGUCGCCGCGGACUACACGCGCCUGACGCUAGACACCAUUGCCCUCUGCAUGAUGGACUACCGCUUCAACAGCUUCUACCGCGACGGCCAACACCACCCUUUUGUCAGCCACAUGGUGUCCAUCCUGAGCGAGGCCGACAUCCAGGCCAUGCUGCCUGACUGGGCGGGGUUUUUCCGCCCGAGGGCAAUGCGCAAGUUCAAAAAAGACAUUCAACUCAUGACUGAACUGUGCAGAGGCAUGGUGGAGCAUAGGAGACGCAACCCCGUAUCGCGGCGCGACUUCCUAAACGCCAUGCUGAACAACAGCGACCCGGAGACGGGGGAGCGCCUGGACGACGACGAAAUCGUGCGGAACCUCAUCACGUUCCUGGUGGCCGGGCACGAGACCACCUCCGGCAUGUUGUCCUUUGCCACGUACUACCUCCUGGCGCACCCGGAGACCCUUGCAAAGGCACAAAAGGAGAUCGACGACGUGAUCGGCGCCGAAGCCGUCUCGGCCGCUCACCUUGGCCGGCUUCCGUACCUGGACGCAGUAUUCCGCGAGGCGCUGCGGCUGAUGCCGACGGCCGUGGCCUUUUACGUUACCCCCUACGAGACCGAGAUGCUUGGCGGCAAGUACGUUGUCGAGCCGGGCGAGGCCGUGUGUCUGCUGCUGGACCCGAUCCACCGCGACAGAGCAGUCUACGGAGACGAUGCCGACGAGUGGCGGCCCGAGCGGAUGCUGCAGCAAGAAUUCGAGGCGCUGCCGCCAAAUGCGUGGAAGCCGUUCGGGAAUGGGCAGCGCAUAUGUCUGGGCAUGGCGUUCACGUGGCAGGAGGCCAAGCUGGCCAUGGCUAUGCUCUUGAAAAACUUCGAUCUGGAAAUGCACGACCCGGCAUAUAAGCUCAAGAUCAAGCACUUGUUGACUAUCAAGCCCGAGGGGUUUGAAAUCAGGGCAAAGCUGAGACGCGGAAGGACGGCGACGGAUUUGCACAACGAGCUGCGGCGGGGGCAGCCCCAAGGCCAGGAGCCCGUCAGGUCGCAGGAUAUGCCCCUGGGCCAGGGAGAAGAGCUCGCAAUUCUGUACGGUUCGGACACGGGCAGCUGCGAGGCCCUCGCCAACCGCCUGGCUUCUAACCUCGACAGUCGCGGGUUCAGAACGACAGUAGGGGCCAUGAACUCGGCCGUUGGACAUAUGCCCCAGUUCUGUGUUUUCAUCUGCGGCACGUAUCAUGGCAAGCCAGCCGCAAAUGCCUCCGAGUUCGUUCGCUGGGUCGAGGAACUCCAACCCGGCAGCCUGAACCGCGAGCACAAAUAUGCCGUGCUCGGCUGCGGCCAUAGCGACUGGGCGUCCACGUUUUACAUGAUCCCCCUUCUGCUCGAUGCCAAGCUCGAGGUCGCCGGAGCGGUGCGGCUGCUGCCCAUGGGCAAGGUGAACAACGCCAGGGAUGAUGCUUUCGAGGUGCUGGAUCGCUGGACAGGUGAAAUACUCGGCGCGGCGCGUGACGGCGAGCCCGGGACGGAUCCGGUGGGUUCGUCACCAUCAUGGUCAUCGCCAGCUUGCUUCGACGUCACGGUGGUGGAAUCGCCGGACGUGGAGUUGACAAACCCGUCUCCGCCCCCAGGCUUCUGCACCGCAACCGUAUCGGAUUCGAAGAUACUGGCCACGGACCCAGACACAGGCCGUCGGGAAAAGGGCCACCUCGAACUCAUCCUCCCGGCAGAUAUGACAUACGCUCCAGGCUGGCACGUACAGGUCCUCCCGCGGAACGACGAGGCUACCAUUGACCGCGCCCUACGCCGGUUCGGCCUCCGCAGCGACUCCAUCAUUGUCGUGAACGCCAAGAACGGCGCCAUCAGCGGGGGGGCGGACUUCCCACUUGGCAUGCCCAUCCGUGCUUCGCAUCUUUUUGCGGGGAGGGAUCUGCGACGCGCCAUCACGAGGUCCGAGGUCUUGAGCAGGCUAUCGGAGCUAGCCGUCGACGACACGGCCAGGGCCGCGCUGGCGACAAACAAAGCGGCAGAAGACCUCGACGAGAACCCCAGGAGCCUGCUCAACGUGCUAGACCAGUUCCCGCCCUCGGCUGUGCCCAUAACACUUGCAGAACUCGUUGCCCUCCUGCCCCGGAUGCAAGUCCGGACCUACUCUUUCUCCUCCUGCCCUGCUAGCAUGGCUGCAACAGCCGGAACCGCAGCUCGUGUCGGCCAGCGCGCCACCCUCACCUUCUCCAUCAUUGAUCAACAGGCCAACCCGACGCGAGGCGUCGGCUCCAACUUCCUAUCCACCCUCGCGCCUCAAGACGUUGUCCAUGUGUCCAUCCGCCCGGGCCAGGACAGCAGCAGCAAGUUCCGCCUCCCCUCGGACCCCUCCACUCCCGUGAUCAUGAUCGGCGCCGGGGCGGGUAUCGCGCCCUUUCGUGCGUUUGUGCAGCAGCGCGCCGAGUUCCUCCGCAACGGCACCGUUCUCGGCCGGGCGCUGUUGUUCUUUGGCUGCAAAGGUCCGCACGACGAUCUGUACCGAGAUGAGCUGUCUGGUUAUUCCGCAGAUAUUGUAACGGUUGAGAGGGCCUACUCCCGCCCUCUUGGGGGUGGGGCCGGUAGGUACGUUGAUGAUGCUCUGUUAGGAUCGCGACGGGACGAAGUGGUCGAGCUGUGGCGUAGAGGGGCUGUCGUGCUCGUCUGCGGGUCCAAAGGGCUUGCCGACGGAGUGGUGCGGACGUUGGUGCCGGUGUUGUUCGGCGCGGAUAAGCUGGAGAGCAGGAUUGGCACACAUGUUGUUGGCCAGGAGGACUGGUGGGAGGAUUGCGUGGCGGGGGGGAGGUAUGUUGCGGAGGUUUUUGCUUAG